AUGGCAGAUUUAUACCGAUCAGUUGGACCUCCAAAUUUUAUUCGUGCCUAUGAUGAAGCUGAGCAAGAACUAAAAUUCAAUCUCCCGCCAUGGAGAUUAUCAACUGCAAGUCAAAAGUUAUUGACAGUGUGCUUAUAUAUUGCAAUAUACUUGCCUGUAUUAGUUCUUUUUAUAAUUACAGUAGGAGGAUAUUCAAUAUAUUUGAUAUUCUAUAUUAAGCCUUUAAUAACUGAUAUUGACAAAAUUCCUGAAGUAUAUUAUUACCAUUCAGAAUCCGAAGUUAAAGUUUAAAUUAUAAGACCAUAAGCGGAUAGGCACUAGUAUGCCUAUCUAGCGUAAACCCACCUAAACUAAGGAUUAGCUCCCUAGGUUAGAGACAACUCUUGUAGAUGCCCAGCUAUUCCCGAUAAGCAAAGACUGGGAGGUAAAACCUAUAUAGCCCAUCGGGAGAAGCAAACUUCCCUCUUCGGAAGGCACCCCAAACCUGAAGGGCUACUUCAAAAGGGACAUAGACCCUGUUUUCAGCUUCAUCAGGAUGAGUCCUACCUGCUCCAUAGAAGUGCACCUUGAAGGCAAUUUCCAUCGACGUCACCAUUUUUAUUUUUAGAAUCUAAAAGGAAUGCCUCUAAGACUAAAGGGUGAACCUUUUUUUCAUUAAUAACAUGAUGUGUUUUAUGAAUCUUAGUAAGCCACUAUCGAGCAUUAAGGACUAACGCAGGCGAAAUUCCAAAAGAAAAAGAAUGGGAUCUUCCAAGCGAAGAUAAUUCAGAGUCUAGCAAUGAAAGCACCAUGCUGAUCGAAAAAAGAAAAGAUGGAACCAUCAGAACCUGUGCAAGGUGUCAGCAUCGAAAACCUGAUAGAACUCAUCAUUGCAAACAAUGCGAGCGAUGCAAUUUAAAAAUGGACCAUCACUGCAACUGAAUCGCGAAUUGUGUAGGGUACUUUAACUAUAAAUAUUUCUUUUUGAUGGUAUUUUAUGGAGCUUUAGCUCUGGCCAUUUUUAUUUGCACUUUCUGGGAAACUGCUGUAGUUGUUUUGAAUGAUGAAACUUCUUCUCAAUUUCUGUGCCUUUUUAUUGUUCUAAGCUACUCAUUGGGAUCUAUGCUAAUAUAGCUUAUUAAAUUGCAGGCCAUAAGAUCAUAAAAUGCUGGCCUUUCGCCUGCAGAUCAAGAAGUUAAUAUAUAUUUUGGAAUCUUUUUAGACCAGACAGCUUUUUGGGGAGAUCACCGUCUUAAGAUGCCGGUACUCUUAUUUGGAACCUCAGAAUCAUUACUACCUGCUCCAUAAGAAGUGCACCUUGAGUCGAUCUUCCAUCAAAUUCACAUUUUAUUUAUUAUCUAUGCUAGGAAUCGCAUUGCUUGGUUUUGUAAUUUUCCAUCUUUGGCUAAUUUCAAACAAUUACACAACAAUUGAAUUUUGUGAGAAGAAAAAAGAAAUUACACUAGAAAGCAAGAUAUCGCCCUAUAAACUCGGUCUAUUUGAUAAUUUCAAAGAAGCAUUAGGAAACGAGCCUUUAUUUUGGCCUUUUCCAUUCAAAUAUAGAGAUGCUGAUGACAAAGGGCUUUAUUUCAAAGUAAAUAGAUAA